AAGAACCAAUUCAGAUUCAGAUCUCUUCUCCACUUCCUCUUCAAUUUUAGGAAGUCUGAAUGAACAGAAGAUAAAACCUAUUAAUAAACCCUAAUCUUUCUCAGCAGAUUUUCAGUCCAAAAAUCGUCAAACCCCUUUGAGAUUUUUGAAUGAAUGGGUAAAGUCUCAGUAGUAAUCUACAUUUCAGUAGCUUUAUUACUACUUUUUUUAAUUUCACAUUCACCAAAAAAACACUCAAACAAUCAUCACCGUCGUCUUAAACUCCGAUCAACUUUUAAGUUCUCAGAUAAACAUCACGAGCCUGUUCCAUUUGAUCCAAUAAUAGCUGAUAUUGAGCGUCGCCGUGAAGAUAGAGAAUGGGAAAGGCAGUAUUUUGAACAUAAUCAUAAAGACUUUGUGGUUCAUCAUGAUGAGGACCAUCCUCAUGAUGGGCAUGAUCAACAUCAUGAUCAGCAUCAUGCAGCAGCACAAGCAGCUGAAGGACAACCUGAAUGGGGAGAUUUUAUGAAUGCUGAAGAUUAUGUGAAUGAUGAAGAUCGAUUUAAUGUUACUAAUAGAAUCUUAAGUUUAUUUCCUAAGAUUGAUUUUAGUCCUGCGGAUGGGUUUAUUACUGAAUCUGAAUUGACUGAUUGGAAUUUGAAUCAAGCUCAUGAGGAGGUUAUGCAUCGUACUGAUAGAGAUUUGGAACUGCAUGAUAAAAAUCGUGAUGGGUUUGUUUCUUUUGCUGAGUAUGAAGCUCCUACUUGGGUUCGUAAUGCAGAUAACAAUUCAUUUGGGUAUGAUAUGGGUUGGUGGAGAGAAGAGCAUUUCAAUGCUUCAGAUGCCGAUGGGGAUGGUUUACUUAAUCAGACAGAAUUUAAUGACUUUCUGCAUCCGGCUGACAGCAGUAACCCUAAGCUAAUUGAGUGGUUGUGCAAGGAGGAAGUAAGAGAGAGAGACACCGACAAAGACGGGAAGCUUAACUAUAAAGAAUUUUUUCAUGGGAUGUUUGACUUGGUGCGGAACUAUGAUGAAGAAGGUCAUAACGCUACACAUCACUCGGACUCUGAUGAUUCAAUGCAAGCACCUGCCAGGGUUUUGUUUCAGAAGAUUGACCUAGAUGGCGAUGGAUUUUUGUCAGACAAAGAACUGUUGCCAAUAAUCGGCAAACUUCAUCCAUCAGAGCGUUACUAUGCCAAACAACAAGCUGAUUACACCAUUUCGCAGGCUGAUUCUGAUAAAGAUGGUCGACUAUCGUUGGCUGAAAUGAUUGAUAACCCUUACGUGUUUUAUAGUUCUAUAUUUAACGAUGAAGAGGACUAUGAGUAUCACGACGAAUUCCGUUAGUUUCAAGUUUUAACCUUGAUGAUCAAGUUCAUCUGUUGUGUUUAUUAUAUUCAUUCGUGAAAGAUAAAAGAGAAAGAUAAAAGAGAAAGAUCAUAGAACAUUAGGAUUUGUAUACCAGGUUUGCAGGAUUUUGUUACACAUUUAAGGUUCAAAUUCUCUUUGCAAGUUGUGUUAUAUAAAUACUACAAACAUUUUGUCACUAAAUUCAUGUGGGUAUAUUGUUAUCAGAAUUAGUACCUGGUUCCUUGUUUGUA